AUGCCGUCUGCAAUCACACCGCCGCCUUACACGCCUCUUCGGGACACGACAUUGUUCAAACCCACCAAGCUAGGAUGUAUCAAUCUGGAACACCGUAUAGUCCAGGCUCCCCUCACUCGCAUGAGAGCAGUCAAAGAAAGCGACGGCGUUCAUGUUCCCGGUGAUCUUGUCCUUGAAUACUACCAGCAGCGUGCCAGCAAAGGUGGUCUGCAGCUUACCGAAGCGACCGACAUCAGCCACUAUGCAAGCGGCUACCCAGGCAUUCCUGGUCUCUUCACGGAGUCUCAGAUUCAAGCAUGGAAACGGAUCACAGAUGCCGUUCAUGCCAAGGGUGGAUUCAUCUUCUCGCAGCUGUGGCACACAGGUCGAGCAUCUCCGUCGAGCUUCAGGAGCGGCCAGCAAGCAUUCAGUGCGAGUGACAUUCCGAWCUCUGGAAAGGCUCUCGACGGGACCGAAUACAGCGAUAACCCACCACGACCUGCCACUCUUCAAGACAUCCAUGAAGUCACGAAGAACUUUGCUGAAGCCGCGAAGAAAGCCAUUUCUGCCGGUUUCGACGGCGUCGAGAUUCAUGGCGCCAACGGAUAUCUGCUGGAUCAGUUUCUACAUGACAACGUCAAUCGACGGACAGACCAGUACGGUGGCUCAAUCGAGAAUCGCUGUCGAUUCCCCUUGGAAGUCAUCGAAGCGGUAUCCAAAGCAAUUGGCUCUGACAGAGUAGGGAUCCGACUCUCACCGUACAACUAUUUCCAAGACACAAAGGACAGUGAUCCAGUGUCCCAUUGGUCGUACCUUUGCGAGAAGAUCGCCAGUCUACCCGCAGAUGUACGGCCAGCUUACGUUCACAGCGUGGAGCCACGGUUUGAUGAAGUGCUCAGCGAGGAUGCCAAACUUACAUCCCUUUCCGGGGAAGCGGAAGCAACUCGAAAGACUUCGYACUCUCUGGACCCGUUCCGGAAGAUCCUCCAGCAGGGUGGAGUCAAAUUCCUUGCAGCUGGCAAUUUCGACCGAGACAACGCUUUGCCAAAGAUUGAGGCUGAUGCUGCAGACGCUAUCGUGAUGGGUCGAUGGUACAUUGCCAACCCUGAUCUUCCAAGAAGGCUUGCAGAUGGAUUGGAGCUGAAUCCCUACGAUCGUACAACAUUCUAUGGAGCCGAUCCACCUCAGAAGGGCUACACGGACUACCCAUUUUUUGGUGACGCAAGUCAGUAA